AUGCCGGGCGCCAAACCUGUUCUUGUAUUCCUACCAGGGGGCUGGCACACGCCAGAGGUCUUUGCACCUACGAGCACUCUUCUUGAGAAAGAGGGUUAUACGAUUCAAGGGGUUUCUUUUCCAACUAUCGGGACUGAAUUGAGAAACGUUCAGCCUCAACAGAGCUGGGAUGAAGAUGUUCAAGCGGUCCGAGAUGUACUGUCUAAAUACAGCAGCGAGGGCCGCGACAUCGUUCUCAUCACACACUCCUACAGCGGGACUGUCGGUUCCGAGGCCUGCAAGGGAUUCGCCAGGGCAGACCGGGAAGGACACGGUCUUGCCGGCGGUGUAGUCAAGCUUGUGUACCUGGCGGGCUUCAUUCUAGACGUCGGAACCUACUGCUGGGAACAGUCCGGCGGGAAGCCCAUCAACCCCAAGACGACCAUCAUCAAGGGCGAUCUGUGCUAUGCCGAGAGAGAGCUCGCCAAGCAGUGGUUCUACAACGAGUGCACGCCCGAGCAGCAGCAGGACCUCGUCUCCAGGCUCCAGAGUCAAGCCUGGAAGGCCUUCAUGAGCCGGACUACGUAUGCGGCGUGGCGGGAUAUCCCGGGCGUAUAUCUCAUAACCGAGAAUGAUCAUGCUAUCUCGGUGCCCUGGCAGGAGGCUAUGUUGGAGGGCGCGAAGGGACAUAGGUUUGAGGUUGUGAAGUGCGACGCGGACCAUACGCCUUUUGUCAGUCGGCCGGCCAUGACUGCGAGGGUCAUCAGGCGGGCGGCUGGGGAGUUGAUUGAGGAUAAUUAG